UGGCAGCACCAAAAGAGAAAUCGCCGAUAACAACAACUCUAGUUUCCGUGUCUGAAUGCAGAAUAAUGUGCCUUGUACUGAUAAAUAUUUGUUGUCAAAUUGGUCAUCAUGUGCAGUUUUUUUGUACAAUGCAGUAUAUAGGCUCGAUCACCGGUGGUGCAGUGUAAAACAUAAAUAAAACAAUUGAUAAGUGUGAUGACCAGUAGCGUAGGAAGCAUUUCGUCUGUUUACACAACAAAUAUACAUACCAAGGUGCGAGCGCAACACAAUCGAUCUUGAGCCCAAAAUCUUUCGACUGGUUAAACAAUAAAGUGAUACAAAUGCGAUAUGUUUCGGACUGACAAAUCCAACAAAUUCGACUUGGGUGAAUUCAAGAGGAAGCUUAAACGUAUAGCAGAUGGCAGCAUCCUGUCCUAUCGACGGAUAUUUCUGCUUCUAUUGGGGGUAUGCGUAUUUUUCUAUAUUUUGCCACCAAUUUUCCGCUAUCUGUUUAUGAGUGCGCCGGAAGUAAAGGAUCCACAUGUGCAGUGCAUGGAUGAUCGCUUAACUCCAUUUUUUCUGCAAAACUAUGAAUUCGAUGCCAAUAUACGUCAUGUGCCACCGCUGCCUGGAGAACGUAAUUUCAUACCUUACGUAGGCAAUGGCUACAUUGGCACGGAAGUGGCACAUGACGCCUCCUUGAAUAUCAAAUCCGGUCGUUCUAUGCAAUUGCCUAUGCAAUUUCACCCGGUUGUCUCGGUAGCGCAACGCAAUGAAGCUGGGCGGGAAGCGACGGUAGUUGAGUACCUGUCUGGAGUUGUGCAUAGAUUCCAAUGUUUUUCAAAUUACUUUGUUGCCUAUACCUACUACGCACACCGUACACAUCCGAGCAUCUUAAUGCAGGAAAUUAAAAUAACAAAUACUAAAAAUACUAUAGAGGAAGUGGAACUAAUUUUUCCACGUAUUUAUUUUCAAACACCCACUACACAUGCCAUCAAAUUAGGUUCAUCAACACAAUCAACUGUACUUAGAGAUUUUGAAGUAACCACUGGCACCAUUUUAGUCGAUGCUGACGAUCCCUCUAGUAUUAUUGUAGUGAGCGUCGUUAAACCACAAAUGAACCGCAUUGUGCAGCUGAAGAAGCGUGGCGCUAUCACCAUAGUAUUUCCUAUCGCUGUACAUUAUUCACAGCCUAUCACGCGUGACAAAUUUUCGGAAACGUCACAAGAUGUUGAAAACAAGGCGGUACAGGCUAUGACAAAAGUUUUGCAAAAAUUACAAAACAAACCAGACACACAAAUAAAUACGCACACAUUUCGCCAAGAGCAUGUUAACGUUUGGUCUGAUUUAUGGGCCACGGGCUUCAGUAUUAGCACAUCUAAAGCGGAGAAUAGUUUGAACGGUGAUCGUAUUAAUGCUUCCAUGUACGCAGUGCUAUCUCAAACACGCAGCUAUGAAUAUGAAGAGUUUGUUUCGUUGAAAUCGCCUAGUAAACAAGAAAUAGCCAAGGCAUUGACUUAUGCCGAAGGCUGUUAUGAUUCAUAUUACACGUUACAAGCGGAAAAUCUUUGGUUGAGUGCAGAAUCUUUGGAAAAACUGAACAAUUUGGUAUCAUCAUGGAUGGUCACUUUGGAGAAACAGGGUUGCCACAAUCUGAUACGUGCUGGCGCUUCAGGUGUAAUACAAGCUAUGGUUUUGAGCUUUGGCAGUUUUCGUUUCAGCAAGCAACACUUGGAGUGUAAUAUGCAUCCAAAGUUUCUACAUCGCGACUUUCACUUUCGUCGCUUGAACUAUGGCAAUAAAACGCAUCUAAAUGUCUCCAUCACAGUUACCGACGAUAAUAAAGCGGUAAUUAAUGUAGCGCUUGAUCGUUCAGAUCGUAGUUAUUAUGCCUGCGACGGUGGUUGCUUGGAUGAACCAGUUUUGCUUACUCAAAGUCGCCGCCAAUUUCCGGUAAAAUUAACCGAACCGCUGACUGCAAUUUUAUAUAUUACAGAAGAUAAACAACACAUGGAGGAGCUCCACAAAGCUAUACACGUUAAAGAAGUAGCCGAAGCUCCUGCACAUGAGCAACAUCUAAUUGCGUUACAUAGGCAUGGUCAUCAAUUAGGCGGUUUGCCUACACUUUUCUGGGUAUCUAUUUGUGCAAUAAUUAUAGUAUUUCAUGCGUUCCUAUGUAAAUUAAUUAUUAAGGAAUAUUGCGAACCUUCGGAAAAGUUAAGAUAUCGCUAUAAUAAACCAUGACUAUGAAAAAUGGGUGUGUCCAUUGUAUGUAUAUUACAAUUAUAGUUAGAGUAAAACCCUUUGAACUUAAAAUGUAUGUAUAUAUCAAUUGCUCGUUGUGCUUUUUUCUUAAUUUUUUUAAUAUGCGUAUGUAAACGUAAACAUACAUUAUUAUAUAAUUUAGAACAUUUUUCAUUGUAUUCACGAAAAACUUGCAGCUUAAUUACUUUUAUUUAUAUAAAACGAUAUUGCGCUAUUAAGAUAUUUUAGCGAACUAGUUUAUACGUGCUCAAUGUAUGAAUAAAACAUUUUUAGAAAAUUUAGUAUUUCUCUUAUCGUCAUUGCGAAAAGUACUAGCUUAUAAAUUUAGAGCUUUAAAAGGGAAGUGAAAAAAACUGCUCAAAAGAUGUUAAUAAAUCUCGCUUUUUGAAUGAGUGUAGCUGAUGGCAAACUAGCGGUUUAAUUAACAAACGCACUUAAAAAGAUGACUUGCAAAAUAAUUAAAUAUAUUGAAAAUCGGUCCAUUGCAUUGAAAUUACAAUAGUACGUAAUUUUUCUUGUGAAUUUAGCGAGCAUGACAAUAAAAUUAACAAUGAUAUCAAUCGACAGUUUUCUAUAUUUUAAUGAAAUAAACAUGGAUUAGCACUACCUAGUAUGUUGUAAAUUAA